ACAGAUAUCCAACGGAAAUGAUCCUCGCGCCGGAACACUGCGGCUGUUCCUACCAGAGCCCCGGGGCGUCAGUCUCCGCGUCACCCGUCUGCAAUGGUCUCCUUCUCUUCAUGGCGAUGGUGGAGAGCUACAUCGUGGGGCGCUGCGACAUCGCGCAGCCCUGCUCCCGCAUCGUGGGGGGGAGGGUGGAGGAUGAGUACGACUUCAUAGUGGUGGGGGGCGGCACGGCUGGCGCGAUUGUGGCUGGGCGGCUGGCGGAAAACUCUACGCUUAAGGUACUGCUAAUAGAGGCAGGAGGACCAGACCCCGUGUCCUCUCGGGUGCCGUCGUUCUACAGAAACUUCUGGAACAAUCCCGAAACCGACUGGAUGUACCGUACCGUGCCUGAAAACUACUGCUUAGCUGAGAACGGCAGAGGAUGCAUGUGGCCACGAGGGAAGACUCUCGGUGGGUGCAGCGUGCUAAACGGCAUGAUGUAUCACCGCGGGCACGAGGCUGACUUCCAGGACUGGACCAACUUCGGCGCCGAGGGAUGGUCCUGGGAAGAGAACAAGCCAUAUUUCGAUAAGUCCGAGGAUAAUAAACAGACUGGAACCUUGGUCAGCCAGCUGCAUCACGCAACUGGAGGUCCCAUGCCAGUACAGCAGUUCAGUUAUACGCCAGAAGUAGUGUAUGACUUCCUGCAAGGAGUCAAGCAAGCUGGCCUUCCCGUCAUCAACGAUAUGGUGGACCCUGACACGCCUGACGGUUUAACCAUCGCUCAAACCUUCACAAAACAUGGACAGCGCUACACCACGGCUCGAGCCUACCUGAUGUCGGAGAAGGAGCGGUCAAACCUGGAUGUGUUACUGAAUGCUCAUGUCUCUAAAGUAUUGAUAAAAAAACACAUCGCCCGUGGAGUUGAGUACAUCAAGAAUGGGCGGAAGAAGACUGUUAAAGCCACUAAAGAGGUGAUACUAAGCGCAGGAGCAUUAAACAGCCCUCACAUCCUGAUGCUCUCGGGCAUCGGACCUCGGAAGACGCUGGAGAAAUUCGACAUCCCGGUGGUGGCCGACCUUCCCGUGGGCCAGAACCUGCGGAACCACUACGGCAUGACGCUGUAUUUCACGCUGGAGAAGCAGCACAACACGCAAGUGCUGGACUGGUCGGCGGCCACAGAGUAUCUGUUGAAGAGAGACGGGCCUAUGACUUCUACUGGGAUAACGCAGUUGACAGGUCUGCUGUACUCCAGCCUGGCGGAGCGGGCCCGCAAGCAGCCGGACCUGCAGUUCUUCUUCAAUGGGUUCUCGGCAGAAUGCUCCCAGAGCGGGGAGGUGAAUGAGCCCGUGGGCGUUAACUACCGGAAUGGGAGAAACAUUUCGAUAAACGCAGUGUCCCUGCUCCCGAAGAGCGUGGGCUACCUGACCCUGCAGUCAGCGCACCCUCUGGACCCGCCACUGUUCUACCCGGGGUACUUCCAGCAACCGGACGACCUCAUCAUGAUCCGGGACGCCGGCCGGUACGUCAAGAGGAUCGUUGAGGCUCAAAAUCUCAAGAACAAAUACGGCAUACAGCUGGACAAAGCUUACUCGGCAGCCUGCAAUUCCUCGGAAGAAUGGUCCGACGCGUGGCUGGAGUGCAUGGCGCGCACGUACACAGACGCACAGAACCACCAGAGCGGAACUGCCGCCAUCAGCCGGGUCAUAGACGACAGACUGCGUGUCUAUGAUGUUUCCGGUAUCCGAGUGAUAGAUGCGUCGUCGAUGCCCACGCAGAUCACCGGCAACCCGCAGGCGGCCAUCAUGAUGGUGGCCGAGCGGGGAGCCGACAUGAUCCUGGCUGAUUGGAGCUCCUAAGAUAUUAUUAAGUAUAACAUCCAAUGAGAUUAAAUAAGAAAAAUAAAGCACCAUACAGCCAUACAUUGUUUUGUUCCUUG